AUGGAGAAUGAGUCCAUUGUCUUAGUAUUUACACUCUCUGGACUAAAUGAAACGAUGGGAAACAGAUUUGUGUUUUUUUCUUUGACUGCAAUGUAUUAUCAAUUAAUUUUGUUGUGUAAUGUAACCAUAAUUUAUACUAUACUCUCAGACAAGAAGCUUCAUCAGCCAAUGUAUGUUUUUAUAUGUAAUUUGUGUAUUAAUGGACUCUAUGGCACAGCUGGAUUUUACCCUAAAUUCAUGUAUGAUUUAUUAUCCCAGCAUCAUGUGAUUUCCUAUGUUGGAUGUUUGAUUCAGAUAUUUGUCAUUUAUUCAUCUGUUUUAUGUGACCUUUCAACAUUAACAGUGAUGGCAUAUGACAGGUAUGUGGCAAUAUGUAGACCACUGGAGUAUCAUUCAGUAAUGACCAAUCAGAGAAUUCUUGAAUGCAUCCUUUUCUGCUGGCUUUCUCCAUUUUUUUGCAUGUGUCUUGGAGUUGUAUUAACAUCGAGACUAACCUUAUGUGGCUCUAGUAUUCAAAAGCUAUAUUGUGAAAACUGGUCAGUUGUUAAACUUUCCUGUAUUUCUACAACAGUGAAUAAUGUGAUUGGAUAUGUAAUCAUUAUUAUAUAUUUUGGACAUGCAGUAUUGAUAUUUUGCUCAUACAUUCACUUGAUUGGAAAAUGCAGAAAGUCAACAGAGGGCAGAAACAAAUUCAUACAAACAUGUGUACCACAUCUGCUUGCAUUGUUCAAUGUGACUGUUGCAUUGCUGUUUGACGUGCUGUACACCCGUUAUGGUUUUAAGAGCUUGCCACAAGAUUUGCGUAAUUUCAUGGCACUGGAAUUCCUACUCGUUCCUCCCAUGUUAAAUCCCCUUAUUUAUGGACUGAAUCUGACAAGACUACGAAAGGAAGUAAUGAGACUGUUUUUUAAAAAAAGGAAUGGCUUCGGUGAGUCGCAACUUGUUGUCGAGAAGGAAUUUACAGCCUCUGGUAGCUUGCCAAACGGUGUCGCGAAAACGACGGAGUGCAAACAAAAUGAUGAUGGAUCUGUGGGAAUCAUCCCCUCUUUUUGGGCCAAGACAAUGUGCAAUGUCAACGGCACCCUCAAGAUCAUCGCUGAUGCCAGGCACUCCGUUGCGAAGGACAUCAAUAACAACUUUCCGAGCAUCCUCUCCAUCCUUCUCUCUCACGCCGUGUAA